CACAUACGGAUAAACAGACCACGGUGGCGGGAGGCGUGCGGCGAAUAUGAGGUUUUUCUUCAUAAGCGGUAGAAAUAUUAAUUGUUUAGCGAUAACUGUAAAGUCGUUAUUGAUAACCGAUUAGUCGGCUGUUUUGUGAGAUAAGAUUUGGAUGAUGGAAGAAGACGAAAUAAAGAACCCGCGACGAAGGGACCUCCCGCCUCUUCCUCAGCGUGGACAGCGUACGCUUCCUGCCAUGCCAAGCCAAGACACUGGUGAAGACACACCAGCACCCAAGAGUAAGAAAAAGAGGACGAAGAGGGAGGCGAAUGGAGCUGAUGAUGCGGAAGGGUUGGAGAUGGGGGGUCUAGACAGCCCCAGGGCAUCUGAGACUGGGGCUAAGCUGACCCUUGAACCGGGGAAUGACGCACCUCCACAGAGACGGAAGAAGAAGAAGAAAGCUCCCACCAUAGAUCUUGAAGAUGACCAUGCGGAGCUGGUGAACGGAGAUGUGCCGGAUCAGAAUACUGAUGGGGAGGAAGUGGUCAAAAAACCCAAGAAGAAGAAGAAGUCAAAGAUCAUGGGCUCUCAGCUGCCUGUUGAGCUGGAGGUUGAGGAUGAUGACAUCAUCACAGAUGCUUCGCCCUCCAUCCCCCAGCAUUCCCUCUUCUCCGCCCCUCAGGGUCCGAGCCAGCCUGUUGGGAAGGUCUUCGUGGAGAGGAACAAGCGGUUCCAGGCAGCGGAGCGCUUAGACAGGAGUAAAACCAGUGACCAGACUGAUCAUUUCAUGGACCUCCAGCCGAUGCAGCGCCACUGGACCACCAGAGACGUUUCUAUCAGGGUCCAUGAAGGGUUCAGGAUGAUCGGCCUGUACUGCCACGGCUUCCUGGCGGGCUACGCCGUGUGGAACAUUGUGGUGGUGUACAUGCUAGCUGGCCAGCAGCUCACCGCUCUGCCCAACCUGCUACAGCAAUACCACAACCUGGCCUACCCUUCACAAUCCCUGCUGUACAUGCUGCUGGCCAUCAGCACUGUGGCCGCGUUCGACAGGGUGAACCUGGCCAAGGGCUUCAUGGCUUUCAGAGAGUUCAUCACACUGGACCCUGUGGCUCUGGCCUCCUUCCUAUACUUCUCUGCGCUGGUUCUCUCUCUCAGUCAGCAGAUGACCAGCGAUCGAAUCAACCUCUACCAAACCUCCAAUGGAACUCUAUGGCCUCCAGGGUCGGAGCACCAGAUUCUGCACCCCUGGGUGACCGUCAACCUGGUGGUGGCACUGCUGGUGGGUCUGGCAUGGAUCUUCAUCUCCACCCGGCCCGAAAUGGACUACACCGAGGGGUAUCUAAUGGCAAUGGAGAUUGAGCCUCCCAAACCAGAGGACAAAACAGAAAUGACCGCCUAAGAACGAACGACUGCUUAAAAGCAGAUGUCUACAUUGAGAUGUAUGGUUUUGUUACCACACUGCAUUUAUUUUUGCACUGUAUUUUAACAGUGAAUAAGUGUACAAAUGAUUUUGUUUGUGUUAGAUUAUUUUUGUAUUUUCACAAAUGAAAUAUUAUUUUGUUCACCAUUUAGAACACAGAAUUUUAUUCAACAAAUGUGGUGUGCGUCUUUAUUACUUUUUAA